AUGGGAAAUUGCUUUUGGACAGAUGCUAAAUCAUGGGCUGCAUAUCAGUAUUUUGAAGACGUUAUGACUUUUGAUGCCACGGAGUCUUAUACAUGGCUGCUGAAAACAUGGCUAGAGGCGAUGCUUGGUCGUGCUCCAACAAUAAUAAUCACUGAUGAUGACAAGGCAAUGGCUAAGGCCAUCGCGAAGGUAUUGCCCAAUAUAACUCACGAAUUGUGUUUAUGGCAUAUAUUACAAAAAGUUCCUGAACAUUUAGCUCGUGUCUAUAAUAAGUACCCACAAUUUCAGCAAGAUUUUUACCAUUGUAUUCAUGAAACACUCACAAUUGAAGAAUUUGAAUUUGAAUGGAUUGAAAUAUUAUUAAAGUACAAAUUGGAAGACAAUAGUUGGUUGCAGGGCAUUUAUGCCAGGAGGGCAAAGUGGGUGCCAGCUUAUUUGAGAGGCAUAUUUUGUGCUGGAAUGUCCACAACUCAGCGUAGUGAAAGUAUGAACAAGUUUUUUAAACACUUUGUUCGUUCAGGUACAAUGGUUCGUGAUUUUAUCCAUCAAUACGAUAAAGCACUAAAUGCUCGUUAUCUCAAUGAGAAAGAAAAAGAUGUGAAGACAAAAAUUACGAAACCAAUUAUGAGAACUUGUUUCAAAGUGGAAGAGGAAGCAGCCAAGAUCUAUACUAGAAAGUCAUUUAUUCACUUUCAACAAGAGCUAUUUCAAAACCAACGAUACAAGACCUCUAAAACACGUGAGGAAGAUGGGAGGAAAAUAUAUUUGGUGACACCUGAUGGGAAAGAAAGUCUUGCAUAUGAAGUAACAAUUGGGAGGGAGAAGAAUAUGCCAGAAAGUUAUGCAACUGCUUUUGACAUUUCUCAAGAUCCGACCAUGUCACAGGAUCACGACUUUGGUGCUUCGUGGAAUAUUCACGCAUCACAAAAUUAUUAA